GAGUAGCCAACCAGCGUGUUUCCAUUGGUCUGUAGGUUAAAUUACAGGCAGUAGAACUAAUGCAGCCAUGCUUCCCGCCGCUGGGUGGCCGGUGAACUUGUUUCAUGUUAAUUUAGCGGAGCUACACGUGGUUUUGGUCGUGCGUAAAAGCGGAGGAGAGAGCUGAGCGAAGCGAGAAGCUUCCAGAGCAGCAUCAUGUCUCUGUACCGCAACUCCGCCUGGUUCCUGAAGGGAGUGACCGAGUUCACCAGAACUGGCUUCCUGUCAGCCUCCAAGAGGUUUGUGGAGAAGGACCUGGAGGUGUCCGUGGCAGGACGUGCCUUCAUGAUAACAGGAGCCAACAGUGGCAUUGGGAAAGCCACUGCCAUGGCCAUCGCUAAGAGGGGUGGAACGAUUCACAUGGUGUGCAGGAACAAAGACAAGGCUGAGGAGACGAGAGCUGAAAUUGUCAAGGAGACAGGAAAUAAAGAAGUUUAUGUCCACAUCCUGGACCUGUCUGAGACCAAGAAGGUCUGGGAGUUUGCUGAGGGCUUCAAGAGGAAAUACAAAGCCCUCAAUGUACUGAUCAAUAACGCAGGCUCCAUCAUGAGUCAGAGGGAUGUGAACGCUGAGGGUUUUGAGAAGAGCUUUGCCACCAACGUCCUUGGGGUUUACAUUCUCACCAAGAGUCUCAUUCCCUUGUUGGAGAAGAGCCCAGACCCCAGAGUGAUCACAGUGUCCUCAGGGGGAAUGUUGGUGCAGAAGCUCAGGACAGGAAACCUGCAGUCUGAGAGAGGCCGCUAUGAUGGCACCAUGGUCUACGCCCAGCACAAAAGGCAGCAGGUGGUGAUGACAGAGCAGCUGGCGAAGACACACACUAGCAUCCACUUCUCUGUCAUGCAUCCUGGCUGGGUUGACACUCCAGCGGUAGCCAAUGCCAUGCCAGACUUUCACAGCUCUAUGAAGGACAGUCUGCGGACCCCGGAGCAGGGGGCCGACACUGUGGUCUGGCUGGCUGUCUCUGAGGCUGCAGCCAAAAACCCCAGCGGACGUUUCUAUCAAGACCGGAAGAUGGUGUCCACCCACCUGCCGCUGGCCUGGACCCACAGCUCUCCCCUGGAGGAGCAGAAGUUAUUGUCUGUGCUGGAAGACUUGGCCAAGACGUUUCAGCCUCACUGAGACAGCAGGAACCCGGUUACCAGUACACCAUCAACACUAACACUGGACUCAGUGCUUCAUCCCCAUGAUGAUGUCAUAUACCCCUGCAGAGUACAUAGAUCUUUUGGAGUGAUCUUUUGAACAACUAGCUUUACAAUGCCAGAUUAAACUCACCUAUAACUGAGGGAUGAAGGUCUGUAAUGCGCCAUAACUGUUUCUGUGAUAACAUUAUGUCUGUGAGAUCAGCUUUAUAAAGAUUAAACAUUUAAUGGUAUAAAAGCGUUUGAUAGUGAUGAUGCCUUUAAAUGAGGAUGUUAUUUUGCAGAUGGAGAGAGCAACCUCAUAAACCAUAUAAACACACACACACACACACACACAAUCCAGUCUGUUACUUUGACUUUAAGAAAGUUGUCAAUCAGAUGGGAAUCUGAUGUGACCAAAGUCAUUCACACACCCUGCACCUACACCUUAUCAAUUCAGAGCACCAGCUAUGGGUUCAAUCUCAUACUUGUGUCUUGAUGACUUACAAACAUGUCAGGUGAUGUGUAUUUAACAGCCGCGUCAGUAACUUGUGUAUUUGUUGUAUGGUAUUGCAGCUGUAGCUGCAGCUUUCUGUACUGUGGAGGUUGAGCUCAGGUUGGAGAUGAAGUGCUCUCUCUGUUUGCCGUGUGCCUUAAAUGCACCACACGACAUGUGCAAUAAAACCCAUGUAUUUAUGACUCUGUAAUGUCUGAAGAGCGCUUUUAAAAACAGCCUUUUACUGACCGUGACUUUGGCUUGACUUUAUUUGCCAGCUUGAAUAAAGAGAAAAUGAC